AUGGCAUUUACCACAAUGACUUCGCUGCUUGGUGUGAUACCCCUCUUGGCAAUCGGCAUGAAUUACUAUCGCUAUCAGACAGUGGAUCCCGAAAAUAAGGUGCAAGAGGCUCAAGUGGUACGAGGCCAAUACGAUUUUGUGGUUAUUGGUGGUGGCUCGGCAGGCGCGGUGGUGGCCAAUCGUUUGUCGGAAAUCAAAAACUGGACGGUCUUACUCAUAGAGGCUGGCAGUGAUGAGACCGAGAUCUCUGAUGUUCCUACUCUGGCUGGAUUUCUGCAGCUCACCGAUUUGGAUUGGAAAUAUCAGACUAGCCCCUCGGCCACCCGCCAAUAUUGCCAGGCCAUGAAGGGCGAUCGUUGCUUCUGGCCUCGUGGCAAGGUCUUGGGUGGCUCCAGCGUGCUCAAUGCCAUGGUCUAUGUUAGGGGUUCCAAGAACGACUACAAUCACUGGGAAUCCUUGGGCAAUCCGGGCUGGGGCUAUGAGGAUGUUUUGCGUUAUUUCUUAAAAUCCGAAGACAUACGCAAUCCCUAUUUGGCCCAGACUCCUUAUCAUGAAACCGGAGGCUAUUUGACGGUUCAAGAGUCUCCCUGGCGCACUCCUCUGUCCAUAGCCUUUUUGCAAGCUGGCUUAGAAAUGGGCUAUGAAAAUCGUGAUAUAAAUGGCGAGAAGCAGACUGGCUUUAUGUUAACCCAAUCCACCAUGCGCCGUGGCUCUCGCUGCAGCACAGGCAAGGCUUUUAUAAGACCAGUGCGCCUGCGCAAGAAUCUUGAUGUCUUAUUGCAUACCCAGGUCACGCGCAUUAUAUUGGAUCAAAACAAAAGGGCCACUGGGGUGGAGUAUGUGAGAAAUGGCCGCAAAAGUGUGGUCUUUGUUAAGCGUGAGGUGAUUUCCAGUGCCGGUGCCAUAAACAGUCCCCAGCUGUUGAUGUUGUCGGGCAUAGGCCCUGCCGAGCAUUUGCAGGAAUUGGGUAUUCCGGUGGUCUCCGAUUUGCCCGUAGGCAAUAAUCUGCAAGAUCAUGUGGGCCUGGGAGGCCUAACCUUUGUGGUGGAUGCCCCUCUCACUGUGACCCGCAAUCGUUUUCAAACUGUGCCCGUCACCAUGGAAUACAUUAUGCGCGAGAGAGGUCCCAUGACCUAUACCGGAGUGGAGGGGGUGGCGUUUCUCAACAGCAAAUAUCAGGACCCCAAUAUCGAUUGGCCUGACAUACAAUUCCAUUUUUGUCCCAGCUCCAUAACCUCCGAUGGUGGAGAUCAAAUUCGUAAAAUCUUAAAUCUGCGCGAUGGUUUCUACAAUACGGUCUACAAGCCCAUACAGAAUGCCGAAACCUGGUCCAUACUGCCCUUGCUGUUGAGGCCCAAGAGCACUGGUUGGAUACGCCUAAAUUCACGCAAUCCCAUGCAGCAGCCUAAAAUUAUACCCAACUAUUUUGCCCACCAAGAGGACAUAGAUGUUUUGGUGGAGGGCAUUAAAUUGGCCAUAAAUGUUUCCGAUUCGCAGGCUUUUAAGCGUUUUGGAUCGAGACUACAUCGCAUUCCCCUGCCUGGUUGCAAACAUUUGCCCUUCAACAGUGAUGAGUAUUGGGCUUGCUGCAUCAAACAAUUCACCUUUACCAUCUACCAUCCGACGGGGACUUGCAAAAUGGGUCCCAGUUGGGAUGUUACCGCUGUGGUGGAUCCCCGGCUUAGGGUCUAUGGGGUAUCUGGGCUGAGGGUGGUCGAUGCCAGCAUAAUGCCCACCAUUGUCAAUGGUAAUCCCAAUGCCCCUGUAAUAAUGAUAGGCGAAAAAGCCUCAGAUAUGAUCAAAGAGGAUUGGGGAGUGCGUGCUGUAAGACGUCGCCAAGGUACUUGAAGGAGAAAGCACCGUAGCUGCCCUAGAUAUGAAGUUCCAUUUUAGUGUUGUAGUUUUAUGUAUUUAGGCUUCCAAUUUUAUUUAUAACCACUAGUCAUCUUAUCUUUUUGUUUCUAAUUUGUCUCUUCUCCCUUCCCCCCAAAAUCUAA